AUGGGGGCCGUCCCGGCGCCGGCCGGGCCCAACACCACCUGCGACCGCCUCCGCGUCCUUGACCUCGGCGCCAACCGCUUCUCCGGCGGCUUCCCUGCGUUCCUCACCGCGUUCCGAGGCCUCGGGCUGUGCGGCCCGCCGCUGCGCCAGUGCGUGAUGGCCUCGGGCCUCAGCUCCCGCGGCGUCGCCGGGAUGGGGAAAGAGAGCGAGAGGAGAGGGAGCCUGGGAGAGGAGAGGGAGAGGGAGAGGGAGAGGGAGAGGGAGCGGGAGCGUGGCCGUAAGGCCGUUCCCUGGAGAGGGAACGAGAGCGGGGAAAGAGAGCGCGACCGUUCUCGAGAGCGGGAGCGUGACCGUUCCCUGGAGAGGGAACGAGAGCGGGUGUGGGAGCAGGAGCCUUCCCGGGAGGGUGACCGUGAGCGGCAGCGAGCCAGGGACAGGGACUCCCGCAGAGAGGCCAGAGCAUCACCAGGGGCCAUUAAUGAUAGUACCUCGAUGAGGCGGAAGGAUGUAUGUCUUUUCCUGUCAACCUGUUAUCAUGCCAAGUUUUGUACUGUUAUCAGUUCCAUGGUAGACAUAUGGAUCAUCGCCGCCACCUCUGCCACACUUGAUUCUGGUGAUACAGAACAAGAGAGGCACUCUGUUGAGUUCCUAUGCCUUUUGUUCUCAGCGCCUCGGCUGCUUGAUCCGAUUCCAGUAAGAGAGGUCGAGGUCCCAGCCGGACAGGUCGGAGCGUGUCCCGCUGCCGCCGUCCAGCAGUCGCGUCGCUCCUCCAGCUCCGGCAAGAAGCGCUCGUCCUCCGACCGCUACGAGUCCUACGACGACACCCAGCUCCCACCUCCCCCGCCGCCCGCGUCGCGGCACGAGGCCGAGCCCGCCAAGGCACCUGCGGCGUCGUCAAAGUCCAAGGCCAGCGUCUUCUCCCGCAUCAGCUUCCCCGGGGACAGCGCCAACCCUUCCGACGCCAAGCGCAGCCGCAGGGCCUCCGACAAGCCCCCCGCGCACUCCUCUUCCUCCUCCAAGAAGAGCGCCGUGGCAGAGGGCGGCGACGGCCGCGGCCACCGCCACCACCACCAGAACCACCGUGAGGCCGCCGCAGAGGCGGAAGAGGAAAAGCGUAGGCCUGCUGCCGAGUACUACGGCGGCGCGGACGAAGAGGAGGAGAGCGAGGAAGAGGAGCAGCACUUCAAGCGCCGGCCGUCCUCGUCCUCGUCCUCCCGGCGCGAGCGCGAGCAGGAGGCCCAGGAAGAGCAGCCGCGGCACUCGCGACGGUCCAGGGACCACAAGCGCCGGUGA